GGCCAACCAACCACCGCCGCUGCUGCUUCUUCUCUGGGCUUCAACGGCUGCUAGCACCCUCGGUGCCGCUUACCGCCAUCUUGUGGAGUUGCCAUGGCUAACUUCACUCGUGUUUCGGGGUCUGUUGGGCUGAUUACUCUCAGGAACCCGCCGGUCAACGCACUCAGUGCAGCGGUGAGGCAGGGCGUCGUUGACACGGUGCAGAGAGCAAUCAGUGACCCACAGGUGAAGUCUGUGGUCAUCUGUGGACAGAAUGGAGUCUUCUGUGGGGGGGCUGACAUCAAGGAGUUUGGGACAAACAUGACCGGACCUCCUCUAAUACCGAUGAUCCACGCCAUAGAGGCUGUAAACAAGCCGGUGGUGGCAGCCAUAGAAGGGAGCGCUUUAGGCGGGGGCCUCGAAUUGGCACUUGGCUGUCAUUACCGAAUCGCACACUCUAAAGCCAGACUGGGGCUUCCAGAGGUGACACUGGGUCUGCUGCCAGCUGCAGGGGGAAGCCAGCGUCUGCCGAGGCUCAUCGGGGUCCCGGCUGCAUUAAACCUCAUCACUACAGGCCGCCAUGUGACCGCUGCUGAGGCUCUGCAACUUGGCAUUGUGGAUCAGGUUACUGAUCACAACACUGUGGACGCAGCUGUGAAGUUUGCCCUGAGUGUUUCAGGUCAAUCAAUGGAUGCCCGUCGUAUCAGCACUUAUCCGUGUCCACGCCCGUCUGAUAUGGAUGCUCUUUUUGAGGAGGUGAUGCAGCAGGUGCGUCAGAGUGCCCGUGGAGCUAUAGCACCAAUUGCAUGUGUCCAGGCGGUGCGGGCAGCUGCAACCCUGCCGUACGCUCAGGGCAUGGAGCGAGAGAAAGAGCUGAUGGCCACUCUCUUCACCUCCGGUCAGGCCCGCGCCCUGCAGUACUUCUUCUUUGCUCAGAGAGCCGUUGGCAGGUGGACGAUGCCCAGUGGAGCCCGCUGGGAUACAAGCAAGCCCAGGCCCAUACAUAAAGCAGCUGUCCUUGGUCUUGGCACCAUGGGGAAAGGCAUAACAGUGGCCCUCGCUCAGACGGGGUUGUCUGUGGUUGCUGUGGAGACCCAGGAGAAGCAGUUGAUGGCAGCAAAGCAGGAAGUAUCUGGCAUGUUAGCGCGAGUAGCCAAGAGACGUGGGGUGGCUCCUGAGCUUAAUCGGAUUAGAUAUAGCCAGAACAUUGAGGCUGUGGCAGACGUCGACCUGGUCAUUGAGGCUGUGUUUGAAGAUAUGGCCCUGAAGAAGAAAGUCUUCCGGCAGCUCUCUGCUGUUUGUAAACCCGGCACUUUCCUUUGCACCAACACAUCUUCACUAGAUGUGGACCAGCUGGCCUCUGAAACCAACAACCCAGAGCUGGUGGUCGGGAUGCACUUCUUUGCCCCAGCUCAUGUCAUGAAGCUGCUGGAGGUGGUGUAUGGCCCACGGUCCUCUCCUCAAAUCAUAGCCACUGCCAUGCAAUUGGGAAAGAAAAUGGGCAAAGCUAGUGUGGCAGUUGGCAACUGUCGGGGCUUUGUGGGUAACCGCAUGCUGAAGCCUUACAUCAACCAAGCUUUCUUCCUGUUGGAAGAGGGAGCUACACCUGAGUUGGUAGACAGAGCGCUGGAGGAGUUUGGUUUUCCCAUGGGUGUAUUCAGAGUUUCAGACCUCUCUGGGCUCGACGUGGGCUGGAAAGUCAGGAAGGAAGAUGGGCUGGUACUGCCUGGCAUGACAUCAGGGCCAUCAGCAAGAAUCCGACAAGGCUGCAGGUACAGCCCCCUGGGAGAUCUGCUAUGUGAGCAGGGUCGGUUUGGCCAAAAAACAGGGCGGGGUUGGUACUCAUAUGACAAACCUGGCGGUCGUGUUGCCAAGUCUGACCCCUGGCUGCACAGUUUUCUGGAGGUGUACCGAGCCCGGCACGGCCUGGUGGCACGCAGCAUAGACCACCAGGAGGUACUGGAGCGCUGCCUCUACGCCCUGAUCAACGAAGGCUUCCGCAUUCUGGAGGAUGGAAUAGCUGCAGGACCGGAAGACAUCGAUGUCAUCUACGUGUUCGGCUACGCCUGGCCCAGGCACCGCGGAGGUCCCAUGUUCUAUGCCAGCAUGGUGGGGCUGGCAAAGGUCCUGGAGAGGCUGGAACACUACCACCAGGCUCACCGUGACAUACCCUCCCUGCAGCCCUGUACCCUCCUCAGGAGGCUGGUGGCCAGCGGCAGCCCACCUGUCCACAAGUGGAGGGAAGUCAUCAAGAAACUCCACAGCCAGCUUUAAAUCUGAAACAAACCAGCUUUAAUCACUUUAUUAUUGAGGAUCUUAUACUGUGAUUCACACCAAAUGGACUGUGCAUUGAGCUUUACAAUAAUGCUGAUCAUCAUAAUAUCCCUGACUGUGGGCCUACACUGAUUUACCAGUUAAUUAGGUAAACAUGCAUACAAUGCCAUGCCAUUCAAUAGAGAACCCCAGUAAUGAGUCCUAAAACCUUUACAGGAGUUAGAGCCAAGGGGUCAGUGGGUUUUUGGUUAGAAGCCUUAAAUGAGGUCUGUGGUUAACACUAGCUUAAGAGACUUCCACGUUUUGUUCUA